UGUAUGAGGGAAGCGCGUGCGGUCUGUGGGCAGGUAAAAACAAACACAGUGGAGAGGACUUUUCUAUUUUGUACAUACAUAAUUUUAUAUAUACUGUUUAUGAUGACUUCAGUGGUCGCUAAUGCUGUCCAGGGCAAUCAGGACAGAGCCCUACUAGAGACCACACACAUCUCACAGAAACAGAUACAGGCCACAGCUGAACAGAUCCGACUCGCCCAGAUGAUUUAUGACAAAAAUGAUGCAGAUUUUGAGGGCAAAGUCCAACAGCUCAUGGAGGUUACAGGCAAAAAUCAGGAUGAAUGUAUGGUGGCCCUUCAUGACUGCAAUGGAGAUGUCAACAGGGCUAUCAACUUCCUGCUGGAGGAGGUCACUGACAAGGAUUCAUGGGAAACUGUUGGCAAGAAGAAGAGUGUUGGAAAAGAAGGGACAACAGCAGAGAACAGAGAGAAGAGAGGAGAAAGGGAAGGCAGGGGCCGUGGGGGUCCAAACAGACGUGGCCGAGGAGCCAGCCGCAACCAAGAAGGCCGAUCAGAAGAGAAUGGGUUUGAUCCAGCUCCAGCAGAGAGAGGAGGAGACCGUGGGCGCAGAGGAAGAGGGAGAGGAGCAGGAGGGCGAGGGAGAGGCAGAGUAGCUGGAAUAAGCAGAUUCUCUCAGGGAAUGGGAACAUAUAACUCUGCUGAGUUCACUGGCUCUGCUGAAGCAGGAGAGGCUGCCAAUGAGACUACUGAAGGAGCAGGAGCUUGGAAGGACAAUCUGGAAGAUUGGGCUACAGAAGACUGGAAUGAAGAUCUAUCUGAGACCAAAGUGUUUACCGCCUCCUAUGCUCAUGGCUCCAAGAACCAGAUGCCGCCUGUACAGGGGAUGGAUCUCGGAUCUCUGAUGCCUAAAGUGACAGAGGGCGACUCUGAACUGGCUGGUUUCGAGCCAUCAUCCCCUGAUACUCUAACCCAGAGCCUGGUGUUCACCAACUCCCAGCAACACUCCACUCGAGCAAACUUGCACAGCUACGCCUCUGCUGCCGCUGGCACUUAUGCACAUGCCGCAUCUUCCAUGCUGGGAUCCAGACAUCAUCAAAUUGAUGUACAGAAAGCAGAACCAAUCAGCACGCCCCGACUCACCCCUCUGUCCAGUCAGAUGGCAGGGGCCCUAAGCAAUGGCACUGUUUCUGCAGAACCCACUGCUUCAGUUCCACUUGCGCCUGCACCUAUGACUCUAAAUGAACCCAAGGAGAUGCCUGUUACAACAGCUCACAUGGACUUAAAGGCCCAACCCGACCCAUCCCCCAUCCUAAGUCAACUGACCCAGCAUCAGAAUUCAGCACUCCAGUCAGACCUGCCGGCUCAGGCCCGAGACCCCGUCCCACUCCCCCCAUAUGAUGGGCCCUCUCCAUCCCUGAAUCCCCUCUCUGAGCCUGUUGUCACCACAACAGAGCCCCCACAGGCCAAAAACAUCAGACCACAGAGACGGAGAUUGCUCCCUCCCUCCAAGAUCCCCUCUUCAGCAGUGGAGAUGCCAGGCUCUGCUGAUGUGUCUGGGCUGAACGUGCAGUUCGGUGCACUGGAUUUUGGACCUGAGUCCACUGUGGAGAAUCUCAACCAAUCAGAAACUAGCUGUCAGGAACCUGUAACUGCUGCUCAAACCCAGAGCAACCUGUACUCCAAACCCGGUACCAUCAGUGAGUCAUUAGGUGGUUUGCCUCCAGUAAUUUUGGAGUCCAGUUACCCAUCAUCAUCUCUGGGUUUUCCCAGCACUACUACUGCUCCUGUCAUGGCUCCCUCUUCUGCCACCAAAGUGGAAUCAUUGGCCACCACCCCUCUCAGCAAUGGAUUUAGUGAAAUGAGGACAUCUAGCACACAGGAAGCUGCUCCGUCCAGCACUCCACAGUCUGUGUCCACAGCUGUCCCCAGCGAAAACGGCCUGUCAUCUCUCCAAUCUUCCACCUCCUCAACAGCAGCACCUGCCCUCAGCACAGCUCUUCCCUCUCUUAGCAGUCACGUGAGCAGUGUGAACUCUCUUGGAUCUUCAGCGCCCACCAGCUCUUCCCUGAGCUCACAGAUGGGCACUGACGUGAGCGUGAGCCUGCCCGUGUUCUCCGGCUCUGUGUCAAGUGUGUCCAGCUCGUCAGUUAACUCAAACGGACUGAACGCUUCAACUCAGAGUCUAGCUGCUAAUGGCACAUCCGCUCCCUCUGCUGGCCGAUCUGCACCAAUGCAGACCUCUAUGAACACCUCCAGCACCUCUGGUAAAGCUCCUCCAAACCUGGCUCAAGGAGUCCCGCCUCUGCUGGCCAGUCAGUACAUCAUGGGUCCUGGUGGCCUCCUUCCUGCUUACCCACCAAUCUAUGGUUAUGAAGACCUACAGAUGAUGCAGUCCCGUCUGCCCAUGGAUUAUUAUGGAAUGACGUUCCCUGGUACAGCACUAGCUGGCAGAGAUGGUGGAUUAGCAAGCAAUCCAUACUCGGCUGAGCCCACCAAAUUUGGACGCAGCGACUCAAACUCCCCAGCCCCCGCCACCAGCCUCUCCUCCGUGCCCCCUUCACAGCCUCAACAGAGUGCCAUCCCCCCUCAAACUCAAGGGCCACAGAACUCAGGUCUAGCCCAGCAGGGUCAGACCCAGGCCUUCCUCAACCCUCCUCUGCCCCCAGGCUAUGGCUACACCAGCCUGCCAUACUACCCCGGUGUGCCGGGAGUGCCCAGUGCCUUCCAGUAUGGCCCCACUGUCUUCAUGCCCCCAGCAUCCACAAAGCAGCAUGCCAUGGGCCCAUCCAGCCAGUACCAGCACCAAGCCGGAUACAGCCAACAUGCGUAUGGCCCAGGUUUUGACGAGCUGUCCCAGGCUCAUGCUGGAGGAGAGUAUGGGAAAGGAGGAUAUGGAGGCAGCUCUCAGUCCCAGGCCAAAGCAGUCAGCAACAGUACAGGAAAAGGACCAGGAAUGUCUGGAUCUGCAAGCUCAGAGCUUACAGGAACCGUCUACAGCAAGACUCAGACAUUUGACAAGCAGGGGUUCCCCACCGCAACGGCCCCUGCCUUCAGCCUGCCCUCAGCUCUGGGAGGAACCGGGCCGCUUAACCCCGCAGGUGCCCCCGGCUACGCCCCAGCCCCCUUCCUUCACAUCCUGCCCCAUCAUCAGCAGCCCCCCUCACAGUUACUACACCACCACAUGGCUCAAGACACACAGGGCCAACGCAGUCAGUCCAACAGCUUGCAGAAGAGUCAGGGGAUGUAGCAAAACAUUUAAAGGAAAAGCAUUUUGAGGAAAACCGAAGAGAGACAUUGCAAUGAGAGAGCCAGAGCACUGACAGUGGAGGAGGGUGAAAUAUCAUGGGGGUUUCACUCAUUCAGACAUAAUGAGAGGCUUCAACAUCAGAGCGUUCCACUCUUGAGUCCCUCCCUCUGGGGGUUGUUCUCCUGUACUAUGGUCCUGAAGUUAACUUCUGUCAGAAAUUAAGUUUAAAGCAGAAAUUAAAAUUCUGUCCCAACAAAAUCAUCCCAUAAAUUUUAUAUUUUAUUCUUGUUCCCCUCUGAUUAAAGGUUCUGAGCUAUUCACCCAUUUGUCAGCAUCUUUUGUCACGCUGCUCAGGUGAUGGCAGGUGCAUAUUGACAGUUUAUAUAUUAAAGAUGAAUCUUAACACCCAUA